AUGUCCUCCGACAGUCGAGGUAGCCUUCAAUUUCAACCGCCCAACAGGGCAGCGUCUCCGCCCAACUCAAAGAUACGCAGGGCAUACUUAUCGUGCGAGACGUGCCGCAAGCGCAAAACUCGCUGUGUUGCCAACCCCUCAGGCCAGUCUCAGCCAUGCCAGCGAUGUGAGCUCGACGGACGAGAGUGCGUAAUGCGGAGCACGAGGAACGCAUCCCGCAGGCGCCCAAGACAUCAGCCGCCCCGAGACCCAUCAAUUUCACCAGCCUCCAUAGGCAACCUCAACAACAAAGCAAAUGCAACCGGCUCCAUCAACGUUGGGAGUGGUGGCGACUGUCCCAGUGACCUUGAGAGAGCCGCGGCUGAAGCUGGAGUGUUCCAAUGUGAGCCUUCACCCAUCGAGCCGUCUCCACCAGCUUCGCAGCCAUCCGCACGUAGGAGGAUUAUCUCAGCCCAUCUGCACAACACAGCCGAUGACCUGGACUUACUUACGUUCACUGCUGCUAGUCAACAAUGCAAGGACUACGAGGUAACGCCCCAAACGGUGACUUGCCAAAGUCAAGCAUCAAUCGUACCCACCAUGCCAAGCGGAACUUCCGACUGGGAACGGUUCGUUCUGAUCAAAAGACGAAUUUUAAGCAAGACUGAAUUGAUCGAGUAUCUCGACUUCUAUUUUAGUAUCAUAUGGUCGAUACGUCCUGUCGUACCUCCAUUCUACCGGGAUCGUGAGCGGUAUGGCAUCUUACCGAUCGAGGAGCCACUGCUAGUUCUUACACUCAUCACGAUCUCAUCCCGCUACCACGUACUCUCCGGGCUCCACGGUGAGAUUCGUUCAGAAAGAAUACACUGGCAGACAUGGAAGAUUUGUCAGCAGUAUUUGCAGUCAGCUCUCUGGGGCUCAUCAUACACACGUACCCCUGGUGCCGUUGCAUCCAUGUUACUACUAAUUGAAUGGCAUCCCAAGGCAAUCAACAAUACAGUCGCAUUCAGCAAUGACGAGGAACCUGAAAGUAAUGUCACGGGAUCUCAAAACUUGUUGCAAAGAGAACCGCUGGGUACACAAUCGGGACAGCAUACUUCGUUGACGAGCCAGCAAAGAUACGGCAUGGCAACGCUCCUCGAAGACCUCAAUAUUGUCGCUCCUGCUUAUAGAAGUAAUAAGAUGUCAUGGAUGCUUCUCUCGAAUGCCAUAGCUCUGGCUCAAGAAGGCUGCUGUUUUGAUUACGAUCAACAAAGCACAAACAAAGAACCGCUCAAAUCGACAACGCAGUCUGCUAAAGAUACUUUGCGGCAGCAAUGGAACCAGCUAAAUUGUGUUUUCAUAUAUUUAACCGAUGAACACUUGAGCUUGCGUUUGGGGUUGCGCCCGCUUUUGCCCGAAAGCCAGCGCGAGGCAGUACGUUACCGAUUCUCGACGACCUUCGCUAGCCUGCUUCCCGACAGCGCUCUCUGGGAGAGUUACUACGAACUCUUUAACGAGACAAGAAGAUUGCGUACACUCCUUCAGUCCCUUCGGAAACCGGGAGUAUCAACACCACCUAGUGCCGACAUCCUACCUGAAGUACAGCAUGUAGACAGAGCAUUAUCGCGUUGGAGAAGGAGCCACGAGAAUCUAAAGGCAGACCAAUCCGAGUUGAUGACCACAUGCCUCGAUCUUGAGUAUCACUACAUGGUCAUGUAUAGCUGCGCUCCGGCUGGCCACGUUCUAUACAACAAUGUCUCCAUAGCAUUGGCUGAUGACAAGAGACAGGCUCUGUUGGUACUGGAUAAAAAAGCAGCAGAUGCCAGCCGUGACAUACUCUCUAUUUUUACAAGGGUUUCCAGACCCUCACACAUUACGCGGUAUCUCCCUGUACGGUGCUGGUUGUUCAUCGUCUCCGCCAAUCUUCAUCUUCUGAGGGUUAGUUUCCCUCUUCUCGUCAUAACCACGAAAGCUUGA